GCUUAGUCAACGUAAAAAGGCGUGGACAUUUUCGAAUGAUGUAAGUGUAGUGACACAGGUGCCAGUUGGGUGGCCCAUCAGCGCAGCGCCGUUUAUAAAACCAGUGACGACAACACGUUCACAUGGUCUUCUAUUCAGCGGCUCUUCGGUAGACAGCAUCACCUCAGUUUCUGACGACUAUCACAUCAACCCGAAAACAAAAUGGGGGGUGCGGUGGUGGACGAUGGACCUACUGGGGUGAAGGCACCCGAUGGAGGCUGGGGUUGGGCGGUGUUGGUCGGCUGCUUCGUCAUCACCGGAUUCUCUUACGCCUUCCCCAAGGCCGUUAGCGUCUUUUUCAAGGAGUUAAUCAGAGAGUUUGACGUUGGAUACAGUGACACCGCCUGGAUAUCAUCCAUUUUGCUUGCCAUGCUCUAUGGCACAGGUCCGCUGUGCAGUGUAUUGGUGAACAGGUUCGGCUGCCGACCCGUGAUGAUGGUCGGAGGACUAUUUGCCUCACUGGGAAUGGUUCUAGCUUCCUUCGCAACCAGCAUCAUCCACAUAUACCUUUGCAUCGGUGUCAUUACAGGUUUGGGCCUGGCAUUGAAUUUCCAGCCAUCGCUAAUCAUGCUAAAUCGCUACUUCAGUGAGAAGCGACCUUUGGCCAACGGCCUGGCAGCCGCAGGCAGCCCCGUGGCUCUGUGCUGUCUCUCCCCCCUGGGACAAAUUCUGCAGUACCAGUAUGGCUGGAGGGGUGGUUUUCUCAUACUUGGGGGGAUGCUGCUCAACUGCUGCGCCUGCGGUGCCCUCAUGAGGCCCCUCUUGCCGCCAAAGAAACAUCUGGAAUUGGAGGAUGGCCUUCUUACUGCUAAAGAGGAGAAGAAGCUACGGCCAAAGAAAAAACUGCUGGACUUCAGUGUGUUCAAGGACAGAGGAUUCGUCAUAUACACCGUCGCGGCCUCGAUUAUGGUACUGGGCUUGUUUGUGCCCCCCGUGUUCGUGGUCAACUACGCUAAAGGACUCGGCUACGAGGACACGACUUCGGCACUGCUGCUCACCAUUCUGGGAUUCGUAGAUAUGUUUGCUCGUCCUCUGUCCGGAAUCGUUGCAGGUACAAAGUGGGUACGGCCGAGGUGCGUCUACCUGUUCAGUUUUGCGAUGAUCUUCAACGGCAUCACUGAUCUCAUCGGAUCACAGGCAAACACCUAUGGGGGCCUGGUGGUUUUCUGUAUCUUCUUUGGCAUGUCAUACGGCAUGGUGGGAGCUCUACAAUUUGAGGUCCUGAUGGCUAUUGUGGGGACGGACAAGUUUUCCAGUGCCAUCGGCCUUGUGCUUCUGAUGGAAGCCAUAGCUGUAUUGGUGGGACCUCCCGGAGCAGGUCGCCUCUUGGAUGCCACCCAUAAGUACAUGUACGUCUUCUUGUUGGCGGGCUGCGAGGUUACGUUGUCAGCCAUUGUGAUCGCCCUGGGGAACUUCCUGUGCAUCACAAGGAAACAAGAAGAGCCGGAGGCAAAGCUCGAAAUGGCCGCGACGGCUGCAGUGAAGGGGAGCGUAGGCGAUGAGAGAGACGGCCCGCGGGAGCCGCGGGACGCGGAAGAAAGGGGUAAACACAACGGGAAAGCUGACAAUUUGAAUGCAGCUGGGAACAAUGAGCAGACGGGCGGUGGGGAGGAAUCGUCAUUAUAAAAAUGUAAUGAAAGAGACUAUCAGUAUUAAGAGGAGGAACACAAAAAUGUCAAAUACGAUCAAAGUAAAAGGAAGGAAGUUGGGCAGUAAAUUGGCAUUUAACCUCAAUAUCGUCGUAGGAUUGCCAAUUUUAAACAAGAAUUUCUCUGAAAUCUUUUUGCUUUUACUCCGCUCCCGCCACCUCAUGAGCUGUACACCAAGGGCAUUUUAUGAAUAGUUUGCAGUUUUGUACGAGUGCACUGCCUCACACUUGAAUAAUUUGCUCAUCUUGUUGAGCUAAGUAGGGGCUCACAAAAAAAAAAGCACUAAGCCGAACACUAAGCGCUACGCUUAACAAACCAAAUAUGCAUGAUAUGGGGGGGGGGGGGGGAGUAAAUAUUGCCUUUUCCUUAAAAGAGCCCCCCCCCCAAAAAAAAAGACCACUCAUUCUCUUCAAAUACACGGACCAUGAUGAUUUUCAUGUAUUGGGAAAGUCCCAAUAUACACUUUGAUGUCCAUUUUUUCUUUUAAACCACAAGUACAUUUCAUUUUUGUUUAACAAUAUUAAUGGGACACGCCGAACUCAAUAACAUUCCCCAAGCAAAGCUCUAAUACCGCACAUGCUGCAAAAUGUAAUAUUUAGACCUUACGUUCAUUUUAUUUAGACUCGAUGCUGCUUGAUGAUUUUACCGUUAUCAUUUCAGCAGUGAUUUAUGUCCAUUUCAUUUGUUCUUUAUGAUGUUGCACAACUAGAGUGACGUGGCGUGUCAGGUUCAAUAAAUGUGAUGUCUGCUUCCUCUAAAAAUGAUUUGUGAAUCCAACAAACAUGCAGUGAAAUCUAUUUUGGCUGAAGCACCGUGACAAUACAUGUUUGUUGUACUGUACUCUGAAAAAUAAAUUAUCUAUACGUGUA